AUGUCAAAAGCUAGAACUAAAGAAGACAACUGUAACGCUAUAGCGAGAAUACUAAAAGACUUCUGCAGUUGUUCCGAAAACGCGGCAUGGUCUCCCGACAUGACAGCUGACAGGAAAGGACCGUUUUUGAAAAGCGAACUAACCAAUAUGUCCGGCAUGCGCAGGCGCAUAUUGACAUUAGCUAAGAGAAGAAACAAGGAAGUUAUCACUGAACCGCCAAAGUUUGAUAGCAAUAAAUCUUUGAAAAUUGAUCUCUUGAAUGCUCCGACACAAAAUAGUAAUAUCCAGAAGAACAUAGGCACGUUCCUAAACUCUAGAAGAUUGUGUGAAGACGAAGAAGAUAUAUACGAGACGCCUAUUGAAGUGAGCAACUCGUCCUACGGUGAGAACUGGUCUUUAAGCAAAUCCUGGAGAAACCACCUAUACUUUAAAGGAGGAGAGAGAUUACUAGACAGGCCUUUCGCUCUAGAAAGAAUAGACGAGAUACCUAAAAAGAAGACGGAUAGACUGCAUAAGGAACAGCUGCGUUACGAGAGAAAUAUUAAGCGGCAUAUACGAAUCCGAGUAAUGCUAUCACUAAGAAUGAGGAGAUACGCGAAAAAGAGAUUAAAGAAGCAGCGCCUACCGAUUGUAAAUUCAAGUGUACCUCCACGGAAGUUCCCUAGAGGUACCUCUACGAAUUCGAGUUUCGGCACCACGUCCUACAGCAGUACAAUGAAGGAAAGAGUGGAGAAUGGGAGAGUGUUGUUCGAUAUUCAUGAGGCGAGGAACUCCAUGUUGGAGCUCUGUCAUGAUUACGAGGAGGAGCUGGACACGCUGGAUAUUGCUCUCCGCGCCGGGAACUUUAGGAGCGGGCGCGUGUCGGCGGAGUGGUGGUGCGGGAUGGGGGGGACGCGGGGGCGGGGGCGCGGCGGGGCGCUGGCGCUGCACUACGCGGCGGCUCGCGGGUGUCUCGACUGCGUGCGGCUGCUGGCGAACACCACGCCUGAUGUCUCUGCGAACACGGCGAUGGACAACGACGUGACACCAGUCUACCUGGCCGCGCAGGAGGGUCACCUGGCGGUUCUGAAGUAUUUGGUGGUGGAGGCGGGCGGGCGGUUGGACGCGAGGGCGAGAGACGGCAUGCUGCCUGUACAUGCAGCCGCCCAGACCGGCUGCUUAGACUGCGUUAAGUGGAUGAUACUAGAGCGCGGGGUGGAUCCUAACGCGCGGGACGGGGAUGGGGCUACGCCACUCCACUUCGCGGCGUCCCGGGGUCACCUGUCCACGGUGCGCUGGCUGCUGCGACACGGGGCUCGUCUGCAUCUGGACCGCCACGGCAAGAGCCCCAUCAAUGAUGCUGCUGAGAAUCACCAUUUGGAGUGUCUGAACGUGUUGGUGGCGGCGGGCGCGGCGGGCCAGGAGAACAAGCAGCUGCCGUACAAGCCGCACGCCUGCGCCUGCGCACCCGGGGAGGCCAGGUGCGCCCUCUCCAACUGCAUCAACAUUAGCAGCCCGCGGUCCCCGUUCUACCUCCACGCGCCCGAGCGUCGCGGCUCCGUGCAGGAGCGUCGCAACUCCGUCUCCACUGUCGCCUCAGUUGGCUCCAGGACCGGACCAGCUGACGGGUUGUACGUCAACCCCAUGCAGAGGACUUCGGUUACUGCGACCAGGCAUAGCUCUUCGGGAGAGGAGAGUUCAGCGUGCUCAGCAUCGGAGGCGGAGUCCAACACGACGGGCGGUUGGUUCCUGCACGGCAACACCAACAACGCGCCCGCGGCGCUGUACCAGCGGGUGCGGGACCUGUUCCAUGCGCGCUCGCCCGGGCCCAGGGUGCCGGCUGAAGGUCAGGAAGCUCCCACCAUGACGGUGAAAGCCGAGAUCCACGGUUCGACGGAGAUCGAGAAAUCGGAGAAGUCGGAGCGCUCAGAGAAGUCGGACCGAUCGGAGCGGAUCGAGAAGCCGGAGAAGUCGGAGCGGUCGGAGCGGGGCUCGGUGCCGCCGGAGCCGCCGGAGCCCCCCGAGCCGUCUGACAGCGAUAGCGGCGCGGACGCCCGCCGCGACCACCACUACGAGGACAUCUAUCUGCCGCGCGAUCAGCAUCGCCGCAGUAGAAGCAGUUCUCGCGACUCCGGCAGCCACAGCCGCCCUGGGAGUGCGCUGGUCGUCGACUAUAAGGACAAUGACAAUAUGUCGAGCAAGGCCUACGAGGAGGUGUCUCCGCCUCAGGAGGUUGCCAAGUCCACGCUGGCCACCAAGCUCGCCGCGCUCACGCAUAAGGCUCAGAACUUUGCCAGUCGCAUAUCCUCCGCCGCUGGGAGCCGUCGCGCGUCACUCUCUGAGGAAGCCGUCGUCAUUCAGGCUUCGGCGUCAUCGGGGGUGUCAUCUGGUAGCUCCGGGGGGUCAUCUGGUGACGAAGCCCCCCCGCCUCCACCUCCACCCCCACCGCCGGUGGUGCUGGAGGAACCAGCACUGAAGCCUUCGGAGCUGAAGUGCAGACUUGCGGGCGCCGCGGGGGCUGCGGGGGCCGCGGGGGCCGCGGGGCGGCGCGACUCGAGCGCAGACGACGAGAGGCCGCGCGCGCCGAACCUCGUCAACAAGCAGCCGGCCCUGCCCUUCGUGCCGCCGGCCUUCCUGCACCACGCCUCCGACCGCCUCAUCAAGCCCUCCGAGUACCUCAAGACCAUCACGGCGCCCUGCAAGCGAGACGACGGCGCGGAGCGGCCGCCCCCGCCGCCGCCCGCGCCCGCGCCGCCUCCGCCGCCGCCCCCGCACCAGCACCAGCCGCUGGCCGCCAUCAGCAGCGCCGAGCUGACCGCCGUGCGCCUCAAGACCACCGCCACCAAGACGCUGUCGGCGCCCGCGCGCUCCGUCAGCCUGCAGUGCCUGGCCAGCGCCGAGAACUACAAGAGCGCCAAGACGGACCUCAUCGAGGAGCUCAAGAUGUCCAAGGACAUCACGGGCAUCAGGAAGCUGAAGGUGGAGCGGGCGAGGCGCGAGAGCCUGCAGGACAAGGAGACCUUCACGGAGUUCACGAAGCGCUUCACGGCUGAAAACUUCGUCGAUCAGAUCCCGGAGCGGGACGCCGCGGGCAACGUGAUCCCGGCGUGGAAACGGCAGAUGCUGGCCAGGAGAGCUGCUGAGAAGGCGAGGAAGGAUUUGGAGAAGGAGCUAGCGGGAGAGGCGGAGAGACGACGAGCGGCGUCCAUUCCCGCGUGGAAGAGGCAACUGCUGGCCAGACGGGAGGAAGCAGAGAAUAGGUUAAGGCACUCACUCUACACGCCCAAGGUGGAGGAGGGAGGGGAGUGGCGGUCGUUCGGCCGCGCCGUCUCCAUCGACAACAUCACCAGCUGCUACGAUCCCCCCGCGGCCCCCGCGCACCGCGCACCCUCGGAGCUCAAGUUGAACACUGAAUCGUGCAACGGGCACGCCACAACGAACGGUAAACACGAAGAAGUAGAAGAAGAAACCGCCAAAAUAAUACCGUGGCGGGCGCAGCUGCGCAAGACCAACAGCAAACUCAACCUACUCGAGUAACUGGUGUAAAAAUAGUUGUAAGAUUACAAUAAUCGAAUAGGCUACGGUUUAUAUUAUUCUUAGGUUACUAUAAUUUUUACACCUUAGACGAGCUAAAGUGUAAAAAUUAUUUUCUAAAUUUAAGUAUGGAACACAUUUAGAACUUGCCAAACUGCCAAUUCUCAGAAGUAUAAUAAGUUCAUUAUUUUGUAGUUUAGUCGAAAUAAUGCUCACGGUCUUACAGGUGAAAGUAUUUUAUUAUCUCCAUGUAAAAAGCUGUAAGAUAAAAGUUUUGUUAUUUUUAAGUAAA